UGCACGAUGUGGGCAUGACUCAGCUGCAGCUUUGAUGUUCUUGAAUUUGAAAAGUGAACUUGCAAUGAUAUUACAGCGUAAUGAACAAGCAUGGACGAGAAAUGCAUCACUAUUUGAAGCUAGGUAAGAUGCUGGUCUCCUUAGAUCUCUGCAUCCUCAAUCAAGAGAGAAACGAUAGCUGGUUUCAAGAGAGACACCGACAGGAAACAAUUGCUUUAUUGCAAGAUGUAAUCGCUGAAAGGAUCCGCCAGUUCUACGCCAAGAAACGAGCAGCGCGGGCACGCAGGGAUGACAAAGAAAAAGUUCUUAAAGCAGAACCUUCAAAGAUGCUGCAGGGUAAUACAGUGAAGAUUGGCUACAAGUUUACCAAGAGGCCUGUCACACAACGAUGCCUUUUUAUGAAGGCAAAAUUCGAGCACAUCACUCUAUUCCCUGAGACGUUGCACGUCUACGUCUGUGAGUACCACCCCUCCACCGUGCUUCAGACCACCGCCCAGCUACUUCACACCAUGUACAGGGAGACCGACCCAAACCCAGUGGGCGUCAGCAACUACUUUCAGUCAGCGACCAAUCCUGACACGGAGAGCAUCACCAAGGCAACAGUAUCUGCUCAAAAGAAGAGGAAUAAACUGAAGAGAAUUGUCAAACGGCAGGAUCGUGCAGUGCAAGCACAGACAGAGCCAGACUCCACAGAGAGUGGCUAUGACACUCCUGAUGGGAUAUCUGCAAAACUGGUGUCUCAUCAGGACAAAGCUGGAGCCACAGGAGGAGAUGCCCAAAGCAGUCAAGACUUUCAAGCCGGUUUCAUAAAUGGACAAGCUGAAGGGAAAUCUAGUGUUGACUCCAAGAGUGACACUGCAUUGGGACAAAUCAUCAAAAACCAUGAGGCUUUGAGACUCGGGGGACGUUCAAAAUUGGCGACAGGGAUUGCUGGCAUCCCGGAACAACCCAAGAAAAGGAAGCGGAACAGAGAUUGGGCCCAGGAAGAGAUUUCAGCCACGUCAGCUCACACCAGUGCAUCCGUUUCAGACGGAGAAACCCGGGAACCAGUGAAGAGACAGAGAGCCAGUGAUACCAAUGGAGAAGCAGAGACUGUGCGCAGCAGAGGCGGCAAGCUUGACCCAAGAACCGGAAAGCAGACACUCGGUGCAGUUGCCAGCGAUGUGGUUGCUAGGGCUAAUGAUGUUGAGAUGGCAGCUGUUGCUGAUGAGAUAGUGGACCUGUGCGCAGAGGAGGUAUAUUCAGAUGGAGAUGUAGAUUGUCUGGAGAACAUCACGCAAGAUGUUGAAGGUAUGAGUAAACUCAGCUCCCUUCAUCUGCAGAGACUUGUGAGCAGGAACAAGAGGUACCUCAAGGAAAUCUUUGUCGGAAAGAGGCCUUGCAAGAGGCAUGCUGAUUACAAGCAAGGUGGGUCAACACGAGCCAAUUUGGCCUACGAGGCUUGGUAUGGCCCGUACUCUGAGGAGCAAGUGGACUGCGUCAUGAGUGAGUUAGUCACAAUCUACUGCGCUAGUCACAACAAGUAUUUUGACUACGUCAGCAAGGUGCUGUUACCCGAAGCCUUGACCAAGAUCUGUAUGGAUGUGCUUCACACCUCGCUUGAGGAGGCCCAGGGCGUGCUAGAGAAGACUCCCCUGUGUGGGGACGCUACCAUGCUCGGGAGUCACUACCGAGGGGGUGUGGCAAAUCACGCCCUCUAGUGUUGAGAUACAGUGACCAGGGCCAGAAUCAGCCAGCAGUGAAUUCCCAUUGCCUCCGGGCGCAAGUACCCCCUUGACCACUUCGCGCUGGGAUUAUUUUUGCUAAAAAUUUAUAUUUUCGCAAAGGCAAAAUUUUUCAGCCAACUAACUUCUGAUACACAGCCAAACACCACAAAUACAUGAAGAGUUCAUGUGCAUAUUUCCAUUUUUCACCUUUUGAAAAAAUCUGCUUUAAAACAACACAAAGCCCAUUAUUUGUGCACAAAUGUGGACUGCCCAUCACAUCAUAUCUUGAGAACUCUUGACAAUUUUUAUUUGCAAAAAAUGUAAAUUGUUCAGGAAAAAAUAUUAAUCUGGUGGAUGGAUUUUCUCCAUUUUCGUAAAAUGGGCUCCGUGCGCCAAAAGCGAGGGCACGUUUUUACUUCUUUUGAGAGCUCCAUGGACGAGACACACAGCCUGCGUGUACUGUACUGUACUGGUUCGCGCGCGAAGUAGGCACGACUUUCUGAAUGAGCAAUUACAGCCACCGCGUCUUCACACGAGCGUCAGGCGUUCGUCG